GCAGUCGCCAUGCGCGUGUUGGAAGAGCCGGGGCCUCAGCCCACAGCGACCGGGUGUGGGUGCGUGAAGCCGGCUCUGGAAACAGGGAAUCUUUUAACUGAGCCAAUUGGCUACUUGGAAUCCUGUUUCUCAGCCAAGAAUGGUACUCCAAGGCAGCCGUCUGUUUGUAGCCAUUCACGGGCUUGUUUGAGAAUUAGAAAGAGCAUCUUUAAUAAUCCUGAACAUUCCUUGAUGGGCUUAGAACAGUUUUCUCAUGUUUGGAUUUUGUUUGUUUUUCACAAAAAUGGUCAUUUGAGCUGUAAGGCAAAAGUGCAGCCUCCUAGGCUGAAUGGAAUAAAGACUGGAGUUUUCUCCACAAGGAGCCCACAUCGUCCCAAUGCAAUAGGACUGACCCUGGCCAAACUGGAAAAGGUAGAAGGUGGAGCUAUAUACCUUUCUGGAAUUGACAUGAUUCAUGGCACACCUGUACUAGACAUAAAGCCCUACAUAGCUGAGUAUGACUCGCCACAAAAUUUGAUUGAGCCUCUACAGGACUUUAGUUUACAGAAUAACCAAUAUAAAUCCCAAAACACAUCCCAGUCUGAUGGCAAGACGGACCACUGUGACCAGCGACAGCUCUCAAGGUGUGAUAAACCACAAGCCUGUAGUCACACUAAGGAAAAACCUAAAUGUCAUGAAGAUGGCACUUCAGGAGCAAACUACAUGAAACGUGAUAACUCAACAAAAGUCCAGCAAAACUCCCCUCAGCCCAGGGAGAUAGCAGAAGAUUUGGGUGUAGAAUCAAGAAGUGAUCAGAGUCUGAGUGUGGCAGAAGAACAAAUUGGCUCAAAUUGCCCGGGGAAGAGCUUUUCAGAGGAAGGUACAGAAAAGAGGCUAAAGAGAGGGAAGGAAGCAGUGGUCGCACAAGGAAACAGUGCGGAGAUGCAGCCGGUGGUUCUUCACUGUCCUUCCAGGAUGGCUGGUGCAGCCCACCGCAGCGCAGUCCCUGACUGGGUUAGAGAGGCCCCCGUGACCCCCUUGGAAGUCCGCUUCACUCCUCACGCAGAGACGGACCUCGAGCACCUUAGUUCAGAAGAUGGCAGUCAGCCUUCAUUUAAGUAUUUUCAAUCAGCAGAGGAAGCAAGGCAUGCCAUUGAGGCUGUGCUGUCAGCCGACCCGCGGUCUGUGUAUCGACGGAAGCUCUGCCAGGACCGCCUUUUCUACUUUACCGUAGACAUAGCACAUGUCACUUGCUGGUUUGGUGAUGGCUUUGCAGAGGUUCUAAGGAUCAAGCCAGCUUCAGAGCCUAUUCAGAUGACUGACCCCGAGGAGUCCUUGGUGUCUCUGGGAUCAUAAGUAGUGUCCGUCAUGUGUUUAAAACAGCCUAAUUGACUUUGGAUGUGGCUGUUGCAUUAACUAUACAAGCUAAUGGUAUGCCUUCUUGGCAGAAAGAAGCAACACUCAGUGAUCUCACUGCUUUGAUUGUUAAUGGUUGUUCAAAGUAUUUAUUUGAAAAAGAUUUUUAAUAAACAGAUAAAAGUUAGAGAAAUU